AUGUCUUUUACGAAUUCAUCAAAGAAUUUCAAUUUUAAUAUUAAUACUUUGAAACUUACGCCUGAAAAGUUAGCAGAGUGGUCCAAACGACGUGCACCAAAUACAUUGCCCUUAUCACAGGCUUUUCGUAAAGAAUCUUCUCAACCCCCUCAACCUAAUCAGAGACAACAACCGUCCGUAGAAUUUCAUUCUCAACCCCCUCCACCUGAUCAGAGUCAACAACCAUCCGUAGAAUUUCCUUCGCAACUCCAAUCAUCUGAUCAGAGACAACAAUCGAUGGUGGUAGUUGUGAAGGAAAGUCUUCGGACGGAUCAGAGACAACAAUCGUCCGAAGAUUUUUCUUCACAACUACCACCAUCGGAUCAGAGACAAGAACC